GCUAGUCUGCCUAUCAUCAUCAUCAUCAUCAUCAUCGGGGUCUGGCUGGCUGUUGUAUUUGCGUCGGAACGGUCCGAGCUAAAAAAGUGCUUUGGCUAAAGGAUGUGGGAUUAAAAGAGAAUAAACGGACAACAUACCUCACUGAUUUUAAUUUGUUUAACGUUACCGUCUCUGCUUCGAAAUGUCGGGGAAAAUAGAGAGUAAGCAAGACUCCCAACGCUCCCAUUUGUCUUCCUUCACCAUGAAGCUUAUGGACAAGUUCCACUCUCCCAAAAUCAAAAGGACACCCUCGAAGAAAGUCAGUAAGCCACCUUUAGAACAUAGCGUCAAGACUGCGGAGAAACCUGCUAACAAGGGUUUGAGUCGGUUAGAGGAGCAUGAGAAAGACGUGGUCAGUGCCUUGCGUUACUUCAAGACGAUCAUUGACAAGAUGGCGGUGGACAAGAAGGUGCUGGAGAUGUUACCAGGCUCUGCCAGUAAGGUCCUAGAGGCCAUCCUGCCUUUAGUCCAAGUGGAACCAAGGAUCCAACACAGUUCAGCGGUGUCAUCUUGUCUUAACCGUGUGUACCAGAGUCUGGGCAAUCUCAUUCGCUGGUCUGACCAAGUUAUGCUGGAGGGGGUCAACCUGGAAGAUAAAGAAACCAUCGUUACCGUCACCACUGUGAUCAAGGCAGUGCUCGACGGUGUUAAGGAGCUGGUGAAACUGACCAUCGAGAAACAGGAGCAUCCCUCCCCUACGUCUCCUGUCAAACCAGUGCCACCGGCCGCCCUGACUGAGAGCGCUGCAGAGCCACCUGCCAAAGAGAAGGAGAGUCUGGACAAGAGUUCAGCCACAACCCAAUCUACGGAAGUUUUGACUGAACCCACCGAGGAGGAAGCAGAGGAGGUGGCCCCUCCGAAACCCCCUCUCCCUGGCGUAAAGAUGGCUGAACACAAUCCUCCAGCUCUCCCUCCAAAGAAGCGCCAGUCGGCGCCCUCCCCCACUCGGGUGGCAGUGGUGGCCCCCAUGAGCCACGCCACCAGUGGCUCCGGUCUUCCCAUGGGCACCAGCCUCCACAAGCAGGAGUACGAGGUGGAUGCGUUGCAGCGGCGCUUCUCAGGGGGCAGCCAUUCGUACGGAGGGGAGUCGCCGCGCCUGUCGCCCUGCAACAGCAUGGGCAAGCUGAGCAAGUCGGACGAGCAGCUAUCCUGGACAGUGGACAGUGGACAGUGCUCACGCAACACCAGCUGUGAGACUCUGGACACCACAGACCACUACGACCCGGACUACGACUUCCUGCACCAGGACCUGUCCAGCCUGGAACAGAUGCCUCCCCUGCCGGUGGGGGGGUGCCUCAGCCCCCUGCCCGAAUCCCACAGCGAGUCCUCCUCCCCUUCUCCGUGCCCUGGCCCCGGCCCACCACUGGCCCAACCCCACUUCACCCCUGCCUACCCCUCCCCCCAGCCGUCCCUCCAGGGCUCCUCCACGUCCCCCCUCUACUCCCGCAUGACUCCGGCAUUGCCGCCCCCCGCCCUGCCAGAAAAGAAGCGCCGCAGCGGGGCCAGCUCGGGCAUCUCCGACGGCUCCUACUCGGGCUCCUCCUGGCGUGUCUCCUUCGAGCGUCACCCGUCCCAGUAUGACAACCUCAUGGAGGAGGACAUGCCGCCUGUGCCCCCCUUUCCCCUGUUCACGCCUGGCGUGUCGCCCAUGACCCUGUGCCACUCCGGCGAUGGGUUUGUGUCUGAGUUCUGUGCCAGCGAGAUGGCAGACGUCCCCCAGAGUCCACCCCCACUCCCCGAGAAGAAGAGCCGCCACAUACUGAAGUACAUGCAGUUUGUGGAGGACUACUCGGAGCCCCAGCCCUCACUCUUCUACCAGACACCGCAGAGCGAGAGCAUCUACGAGCAACGCAACAAGCGCUUCCAGGAAGUCUACAGCUUCAAUGACUCGUAUAGCAGCAAUGACUCUGUUCACGAGCCUCUCCCACCCCCGGCACUGCCACCCAAACAGAGGCAGCUGGCCUCCCACUCUGCGUCUCCCUCUUCCUCGUCCUCAUCCUCUCUCUCCUGCCACCUCCAGCAGUCGCAGGCUGCGGUAGUGGAGGAGGUGGGGUCUGCGCUCAGCAUGUCCGUCUCUAACUCCUUCCUGAGCCGCCAGUCCUCCCUGACCACCCCCAUGCAUAAGACAAUUCUCAGGUCCUAUUCUCAGGACUUUGCGCCUCUCUGCCAGUCUUCCAUUCCAUAUCUCCUCUCAUCUGUCUCUUCCCACUCUCCCAUUGUCCACCAAUCGCAGAGCAUGGACCUAGCUGCCCCGGGCACUGGCGGCCCUGACCCUGUGCUGGUGGCCAACGGCUCACUGGACAGCUCUGGUGGCUCUCUUGCAGUCUGCCUUCCCACUGACUCUUCUUUCUCUGACACUCGUCAAACCUCUUUGAGUGAAAGCGCUAAUGAGGAAGUCGGGGAGGGAGAGUACGUCAAUCUGUACUCAUCCAGCCAAGCCAAAGGAGACGGGCCGCUCUCCCGCCGAGACUCAUCCGCCAUAGAUGACUCACUGGAGGACACUGCCUCAGAGAACCCACUGUGCGAGGACACGUGCAAUGACAGCCGAAGGCAAAAGUCCUCAGAAGAAGGGCCGAGUAGCGAGGAGACGGAUGAACUUUCCCUCAUCGAUCACAUGGAGAUCAUGUCUCGGAUAACACUAAAGCAGGAGAGCGACGACGGUCCAGAUGUCCGAGCCGGAUCGGGGGAUAUUUUAUUAGUCCACGCCACAGAAACGGACCGCAAAGAUCUUGUCUUGUACUGUGAGGCUUUCCUGACGACGUACAGAACAUUUAUAACCCCCGAGGACCUCAUCAAAAAGCUGCACUACAGAUACACCAGAUUUAGUCACAGCCCAGACACCUUCAAGAAGAGAGUCAGCAAAAACACCUUCUUCGUUCUGGUCCGUGUGGUGGACGAGCUAUGUUUGGUGGAGAUGACGGAGGACAUCCUGAAGCAGCUGAUGGACCUGGUGUUCAGGCUGGUGUGUAACGGUGAGCUGAGCCUGGCCCGCGUGCUCCGCAAGAACAUCCUGGACAAGGUGGAGCAGAGGAAGCUGCUGCGCUACACCAACUCCCUUAAACCACUGGCCGCGCGAGGUGUCGCUGCCAGACCGGGGACCCUGCAUGAUUUCCGCAGUCACGAGAUUGCUGACCAGCUAACUCUCCUGGACGCGGAGCUCUUCUACAAAAUUGAGAUCCCUGAGGUGUUGCUUUGGGCUAAGGAGCAGAACGAGGAAAAGAGUCCUAACCUCACACAAUUCACAGAGCACUUUAACAACAUGUCCUACUGGGUACGCUCCAUAAUCAUUCUGCAGGAGAAAGCCCAGGACCGAGAAAAGCUCCUCCUUAAAUUCAUCAAAAUAAUGAAGCACUUACGGAAGCUAAAUAAUUUCAACUCGUAUUUGGCAAUAUUAUCUGCCUUGGAUUCGGCUCCCAUCCGAAGACUGGAAUGGCAGAAAACGACCUCCGAGGGCCUAGAGGAAUACUGCACGUUGAUAGACAGCUCCUCGUCGUUCCGGGCCUACCGAGCGGCACUGGCCGACGUGGAGCCCCCAUGUAUACCAUAUCUGGGACUUAUCCUCCAGGACUUAACCUUUGUCCAUCUGGGCAACCCCGACCUCAUCAACGGGAAGGUCAACUUCUCAAAGCGCUGGCAGCAGUUCAAUAUCCUGGACAGCAUGAGGCGCUUCCAGCAAGUGCAUUAUGAUCUGAAACACAACGACGACAUCGUCUCCUUUUUCAAUGACUUCAGCGACCACCUGGCAGAGGAGGCUCUGUGGGAGCUGUCUCUAAAGAUCAAACCUCGGAACAUUACGCGGCGCAAAACAGAGCGCGAAGAGAAGACAUAGGAACUUGUCCCGCUGUAUUGGACCUUUUGGUCAUUUUACAAAAUCAUGGAAUUACAGGAGACUACAAACAAGUAGAACUGUGAAGGCAGCUAAAAGACUGGAUGAUUUUAUGUUUUUUACUGGACCUCUCAGACUUGGGAUUCUCUGUCUGUGUGUGAGUAAAGCCAGUGAGAGAGACACUGUGCAGUGUUGGAAGGCUCGCAAAAAGAUUGCUCAUGUUCACCGUUGACACCAACCUCAUCCACCUGAUGCCAUAUUAUGGGUAUGGUCCAAGCAUUACAGGAUACGCUAGGGGCUUUCCUCUCACAACCCAAGGCAUUGCCCUGACUAAAACCUUAUCAUACUGAUGUGGGCCAUGGGAAACACUGCCCAAUGUCACUCAGUUUAGACUUUUUUUAUACGGGACUCCAGACCCCUUUUUUUGCUGCCACAAACUGUGACGCUGUAUCGCCUGAACUGCUAUGGGUGGUGCAGAACUUUGAGCAAAGACACUCAAAUCACCUGGGUCUGCUUCUAGACUGGUGGAAAAAUAUAUAUUACUGGUACACAUAAGACAUAAUUUUGUCGUUAAAAAAACAUGGUUUUUUUUCAAGGAUGUGUUGUAUGUCUGAUACUGUCUGACUGAUGCAAUGCAGUUUUUGUUUUGUUCUUUAAAAGGAUGUGAAAAUUAUACUUCAGAAAUGCGGAGAAGUGAUACAUGAAGUUCAUAUACACUGAGGUCCGGAAUUAUUGGAUCCCUUGAUAAAGAUGAGCAAAGAAGACUGUAUAAAAUAAACAAUACAAAUGCUGAACUAUAUUGUAAAUAAAUAUAUUGUGUAUAAAUUGUCCUGGUACUUGGUAAUGCCAUUGACCUUUAACAAGGGCUCCAGGACCAGUGGAAGCAUAAUAGCCCCAUAAUAUCAAAUAUCUACCACCAUAUUUUACAGUAGUGCCUAUGCAUUUUUCUUUUGAAAGCCAAACUCACCAUUGAUGUGCAUGGCCAAUGAGCUCUAUUUUCAUGUCAUCUGACCAUAGCAGCGCCAGGAGUUUGCUAAACGGCAUUGGCACUUGGAUUGGAGCCAGUGCUAUGGUCAUAGGACACGAAAAUAGAGCUCCUUGGGUUUGGCCUUCAAAAGAGCAAUGCAUAUGCAGAAGAAAAAAAACUCAUCCCUACUGUAAGAUAUGGUGGUGUAUUUUUAAAUGACACGGGGCUAUUUUGCUUCCACUAGUCCCGACGCCCUUGUUAAGGUCAACGGCGUCAUUAACUUUACCAAGUACCAGGACAUUUUAGCCAAAAAACCUGGUUGCCUCUGCCAGAAGGCUGAAACUUUUCCACGGGUGAAUCUUCCAGCAAAACAAUAACCCCAAAGCAUAUGUUAACCAUUUCUUUUUGGAUGAUUUUUUAAUUGACCAUAAAAUCAACAUUUUGAACCUCAUUGAAAACCUGUGGCUUGAAUUGAAGGGGACAGUCUAUAAGCACAGAUGAAGGAUAUCAAGCACCUGGAAACAUUCUGUAUGGAGGAAUAAUCUAAGAUCCCUCCGAAUGUGUUCUCCAAUCUCAUAAAACAUUUUAGAAAAAGGCUUUGUCGUUAUCCUGGCUAGGGGAGGGUUGCUGGAGAAUUGGAAACGGGAUCCAAUACAUUUUAUCCUUUUUUUAUUUAUUUUAUUUAUUUUAAACAAUCUUUCUCUGAAAAAUUGUAUUAGUAUAAAAUCAUAUUUAUUUUUGCAUUUUUACAGUCUUUUUUGCAUAUCUUUAUCAAGGGAUCCAAUAAUUCCAGACUCCACUGUACUUGCACUUAAAAAUGAAAUGAACAAAAAAAGUGAUGUGAUGUAUGUGUCAUAGCAGUGAACAUUAGAAACAUUACAGCAAUCAGAAGUGGACCUGGUCACCAUCCCUCUACUGUUUAAUCUGGAUGGUGAAUGAAGGCCUUUUAUACAGAACAAAAAUAUAAACGCAACAUGUAAAGUGUUGGUUUCAUGAGCUGAAAUAAAAGAUCCCAGAAAUUUUC